AUGUUAAAUAUUUGUCAUCGUCAGAAUAAAUCUAUUGAACAUCCAUCAUAUUUAUCCGAUACUGAAUUAUAUGCUGUUUGGUAUCUGGAAACAAAACCUCUUGUUUGUUAUUUAUCCAAUAUAUCUCAAACAAAACGAGCAUCAGAUCGUAAGACUAAUACACAAACAUAUGCUGAUUAUUACCAAGGAAUAAUUCCUAAUGUUCAUAUUGAAAAAGAUAUUCUUAUGGGUACAAUGAAAGUAAUCAAUAAAAUAAAAAUAUCAUUAAAUAUUCAAGAAAAUCUUAUUAAAUCAUCAGAACAAAGAAUUUACUAUUAUCCAAUUGAACUUUUACAUUAUGCUCCAUUGAAUCAAAAAGAUUUUCAAUUGAUUUCGAGAUUACCACCCCUUCUAGUUCGAAUAGUACAACUAUAUCAUCUCGAACGUCUAAGAAAAUUAUUUACCGAAAAUCUUAAAUGUUAUUCCUUUAUAAAAUCAAAUGAAGUUAAUUUCAAAGAUUGUUUAGAAGAUUAUAUGCAAAUAGUAAGUUGA